GCUAAUGGCAGCUCGGCAACCCUUCAUAGACUCGGAUACUUCCGAUGAAGCAGUGAGGGCGACCUGUGACGAUGCAACCAUAUGUAAAAGGUUUGCUACCAGUAAAAGCUACUGGAAGGACCCCUAUAUCCAGUACUUUGUUAGAUCUGUCGGGGAGCGGAAGGCACCGGAAAUCAAUAGAGGUUACUAUGCCCGCGUUCAAGGAGUUAACCAUCUGCUCGACGCCUUUAUAAGGAAAACAGAGUGUGACUGUCAAGUAAUCAACCUGGGCGCUGGACUGGACACCACGUUUUGGAGACUUAAGGAUCAGAACCUCAUGCCACGGAAGUUUUUUGAAGUGGACUUUCCAACAGUUGUGGCCAGAAAAAUACACAAUAUCAAAACAAAACCUCCCCUGUCCAAACCCCUCAUUGAAACCCACUCUACAGACUCCUUACUACUUGAUGCCCACAGCCUUGACUCAGACCGGUACUGUAUCAUUGGAGCCGACCUCCGAGACAUCUCCAACCUGGGAAAACUGAAGAAGUUCCAGCUGAAUCCGGAACUGCCGACGUUGCUCCUGUCAGAGUGUGUGUUGGUCUACAUGACGCCUUCCCAGUCGUCCAAUGUCGUUCACUGGGCUGCAGAAACCUUCCCGACCGCCAUGUUCAUCAACUACGAACAGGUGAACAUGAGCGAUCGAUUUGGCCAAGUGAUGAUCGAGAACCUGCAGCGUCGCCAGUGCACCCUGGCAGGAGUGGAGGCCUGCCGGUCUCUGGACUCUCAGAAGGAGCGGUUUCUGAAGACGGGCUGGGAGCACGCUGAUGCUCUGGCAUGA